UUCUUCUGAUUCGAGUCAGUGAUGCUGACGAUUCCCAAGAUUACGACUCAGUUGGUGAUUUUUCUUUGCAAUCUUACUAGCUACUUCAUCGCAAGACCCUAGUUAAAUAAUGGGCAAGGUAAGACGCCGUGUGAAAUGAAGAGCGAUAUAGAGAGCUGUUCUGGGUCACUGAAUGCCCGAGAUGUUGCUUUGGUUUCUCGCAAUUUCCCUUCUCCGAAUCAAUGUACAUGCACCAAUGUGUAUUUCAACGUCUGGAGCGCAUGUCUAUACUCAAAUGGCGAUGCCAGUUCCACAGUGCUGUCAAGCAACUGGACAGAUACUUGUCAACAGCAAGGAAUCGAAAUGACCACGGAUCAGUUCUACUCCUCAAACAGCAUGGAUCUUCCCUCUUGGACCUUCAUCAAUCUCCCCACAAAUAUGACAUUCGACAUUGCCACGGCUCUCAGAAUUGCCACUACAGAUACCGCAGAUACAACUCCAACUAAAUGGAAUGAAAUCCAGAUUAUUGUGCCCGUUGUUGUUGGAGUAGUCGUUUCCGCAGCUUUUGUUCUCGGAAUCCUUAUAUGGCGCUCGAGGAAGUCGGGCUCCUCAAUUUUGCAGCGCAUGCGAGUUGCUUUAUCUCGUGGAAUUAGGAAUGGUUUCGGAGCGAGAAAAAUCAGGGCUGGAAAUCGCGAUCAGGGAUGGGUUAUUGAUCGACCUGCGGAAGCAAAUGGAGAAACAAUGGAGAUGUUUUCUACAUCUUCACGACGAUCCACGGGACAUGUCCGAUUAUCGUCGUCGUCGUCUACUCACAUUGAUUUUGUCAAACCACGCAAGCCGACCUGGGCUCUUCCUGGAAAGAAGUUGUGGAAGAAUUCGCAACUGGCUCGAAAAAUACAUCGGACACUCACCCUGUUUCCUGUUCCAUGGAGAAAUGCUCCCGUGUCUGUUCAGUCUAUUUCGCCUCCGCGGAAGUUCGAGAUAGAUGCCUCCAGUGACAGGACCCGCACAGAUUCAACGUUGGAGAACUUUCGCAGAGGAGGAUUCAGAAACUCAGGUACACGUACUGAGACGACUGAGUCUGCUCUGGCUACUUCCAGCCGCUAUGAUUAUUAUAAUACAAUCCAGGAAGAAGAUGAAGAAGAUGACCACAGCGACCUUGGUCUCGAGGACUCAGGCGCUAACAACGAGCGGGAACAUUUGAUAUCUGAUGACAGUGAUCAUCUUGAUCUAGACGAAGUCAUGAUCAUUUCGGAGACUGGGGAUAAUUUUACCAUGCAUUCGCACUCCACCAAUGUUGCUACCCUUCGUAUUCCGCCUUCUCCCGUGAGGGCUCGGUCCGACAGUCCUGUGCAGCCGAUCCCUCCACCUCCUCGCACGCCCGUCCGAGAACGUCCCAGGAAGUUUUCUCGUCGUACACCGCCUGCACCAAAUUAUCCUGCCCCUCUUCCUCCAACUCAAUCGCCGCCAUUACACUCGAACAAGUCUUUGAAUAAACCUUCUAUUGAAACCAUUCUUCAAACCUCAGCUCCUGCAUCAUCUAAUGUCGGCGUUGGCCAGCCGCAACGCUCACCUCCCCAAAGACGACAACUUCCUCUACCUACCCCGCCGAACGUCCCUCCGUUGGUCUCAGGUAGUUCAAUUCGUUUACCUCCUCCUCCUCCUCCUGCUACAGCGGCAUACACACCUCUAGCUCAAACUCAAAUCCAGAUUACACCUCGGAAUGCUUCGACGCCUCUUCCCCGCAAUGAUAUGGAUAAUUCUCGUCCGCCUGUCCUUCCACCAAGACCUCCGCUCGAGCAUGUAACGGCACACACACGGAACGAAUCUGCGUCCACGGAUGACUCUCAUGCAUUACCAGUGUUGUCUUCACCACCAUAUCAUUCAUCACCGCUUCCGGAUGAAUUUCUCAUUGCGCGCUCAGAUUCGCCACCCCCUCCACCUUCCAAUUUGUCAUCCCCUCCAUACACGGUGACAAAUUUCUCUGUUUCUCGGCCUGAGCUUUAUCACGAUCGACGAGAUAGAGAUCAUGGUCUGCCUAUGAUACUAGCUCCUCCUUCACCACCUCCUCUCCUUUACCACAAUGCUAAUAGUAACCACCAUCGUUUGAUGUCGCUACCCUCAAAUGUUGGCAGUGGGAAUGAUCGCGAUCCUCGUCCUGAUUUCGAGCUUCCUGGAGGAGAUAGAGUUACUAAUCUCCAGAGCGGGCUCGCAGAGCAUCGUGGUUAUCCCUUCGAAGCAACACUUUCCCCACGGUCGCAUUUUCGUAACUUUUCCGAUGAUAGUCUUACUGCUUCGGUACGACAUGCGCGGGACGUUACUAGCGCUUCCGUUGACAAUCGAUUACUGUUCCCUGGUGCUGUCCGCGCAGUGGGUUACAUGAGCACUAAUGCAAAUAAUCGUGGCCUCCAAAUUCAAAGAUCAUAUGAAUCGUUCCAAACUGCCUUGAGUGAUUCCCAGUCAUCGGACUUCAGAAGGAUAUGAUAUAGGGUGGAAUUUGC